AGUAUGAAGAAGAGGCAAGAAGGACUCUCAGACUGACCAAAGCCCACACGCCAUUACAUCUCUGCAUCUGGUGCUACGUCUUACUGGCAUUGCCACCAUGCCCAAGAGAAAGUCUGAAGAGGAUGCUACAGGAGAUAAAGCCAAGCUACAGAGAAGAUCUGCAAGGUUGUCUGCUAAACCUGCUCCUUUAAAGCCAGAGCCCAAGCCUAAAAAGUCUUCUUUUCCCCUGCAAAGAAGGGAGAAAAGGUACCCAAAGGGAAAAGCUGACACUUACAAGGAGGGGAAGAAUCCUGCAGGAAAUGGGGAUGCCAAAACAGACCAGGCACAGAAAGCUCAGGGUGCUGGAAACGCCAAGUGAAAUGUGUGCAUUUUUGAUAACUGUGUACUUUUGGUGACUAUACAGUUUGAAAUAUUUUUCAACCAAGUUUUAUGAAAAUGCAGGCUUUGUUGUAUUUUUUUGUUUAAAGCUAUGUUGUUGCCCCACAGAACACGUCGUUUUUUGAGGAAGGGACUUGUGUUACUAAUAGAAUGUUUCCGAAGUGGAUUGAUGUGGGGAAAACACCUUUCCCUUCUAGUUUUGAGAGACUUCCUCUUGGCUCCCAGGAGGAGAGAUUCCCUGAUGUUGACACACGUAGUCACCUUGGCACAAACACCUCGUGGUGUGGAAAAACAAAUUUGUUUUUAUGUCCUCUUCUCCCUUCCACCUUCAGCAUAGACUUAACUCC